AUGACGAAAAAGUACCAGGGCUCGGCAAGAGUGAAGCGUGCACAACUUCAAGCUUUGAGAAAAGACUUCGAGACUCUUCAGAUGAAAAAAUUAGAGUCUGUUACUGAUUACUUUGGAAGAGUAAUGGGAACUGCAAACAAGAUGAGAAUCCAUGGUGACAAACUUGAUGAUGUGACCAUUAUUAAGAAGAUCUUGAGAUCUAUGGCCCUCAAGUUUGAUUAUGUUGUGUGUUCUAUUGAAGAGUCCAAUAAUAUUGAUGAGAUGUUAAUAGAUGAGUUGCAAAGCUCCUUGCUGGUCCAUGAGCAAAGGCUAAACUGA